UCAGGAAACCGUCGUCAGAAACAUUUGUCGCUGUCGCACUUUUGUUCAUUCUGUGCACGAUGCUGCGCGAAACGGUGCUUCUGAACUGCAAAUAACAAAAACAUGACAUCGAUUCGUGCGCGCCACUGUGGAUCGACGAGCGGCUUUCGUCCAGUGCCUAGCCGAAUCCAGCCGAGUGUUAAGUGAUGCCCCCGCCUUCGUGCGAACUUGAGCGCGGCGUUGGUUGAGUGUGUCGUCUCCUGCCGGGAUCCUAUGGAUGCGACCGAACGUCGCGACGCCGGCGAACCAGGCGACGUCGCUCGAGAUGACUGGCCGCUCCUGCUUAAUCCCGUGAUCAACAUUGACUCCGGAGCCGAGCGACCAUCGCAGUUACCAAUCGCAAGGCCAGGUUUCGCCCAUCGAUGCGCUGCGUGGCUGGUGCCAGCACGCCUGCGUCACACGUUGGGCCUCAGCGACGACAACACGAAUGCCACGGACACCGACGACGCGUACGACGGCACCGAGCCGACGUUUUCUGACGACGCCAAGCUGCGACGCGACGUCGAGUCCUUGGACGAGCUGGCCCUGAAGCUCGAGGACCUGGCGGCCACUCUGCGCGAUGCCCUGCUGCGCGCCAGCGCCCAGAGUCCAUCGCUCGCAGAUCGGAGAGCCCAGGGUGCCCACUAUAUCGUCCGCUUCCAGCUGCCCAUAGUCGCCAUCGUGCAGUUUCUGUGGGUUGGCAUGCUGGCAACGUUCGACUACGCCGUGACGGACAAGACGUCCCCGGGCUACCGGUACCUGGUACACGCCAUCAUGGUCGCGCUCCAAGUGGUCAACAUUCUGCACGUAGGCCUCGCCUCAUGGACGCUCACGCAUCAGCUGAUCAAGUUCCGGGCAGUGAGUGGAUUUCUCAUGGCGCAGACCUACCUGUCCACGGUUUUACUCUUCUCGGGCUUCUACCUCGUCAUCUACAGGCUCAACCCCUCCGGCUGGGAGCUUUCUCGCACUGACCCUAUGAUCAAUGGCGGAGCCUUCACCCAGUACGUGCGCAUGCUGUACCUGUCCGUCUCGUCGGCCACGCUGUGCGGUGUUGCCAACAUUCAGCCCGUGGCUUGGUACGCCACACUGUCCGUCUGCUUCCAAAGCCUGGUGAACUUCGUCUACUUUGCCUCCAUCCUUGCUCAGACGAUCGGUUGCAGCGGAUCGACAGAGACGGUGUUCCAGCGCCGCGAGCGCAUACAGACCAUCUCGCGGCGACUCAGCGCUCGUUCGUCGGCCUUCACCACAGGACUUUCCGGCGCUGCACGAACGCCCGUUCGCAGGCGCCACUCGACGCAGCUGCCCGUGAUGGGCUCCGCCUCGGCGUAGCUAGCACCACACGUGCUCUGCAAGGAAGUGCACUUUCCCGUGCCAGCUGCAGAGCUGCGAAAGCUGUCGUGUAUGUGGCUCUGUGCAUGCGUAUCUACGUUUCAUAAAAUGAAUUUAUCUACGUG